CAAAUCACUUAGAAACACCUUAAUAGGCCUAUUUUUGGCAGUGUUGAUUUUCUUAGUUCAAAGUGUGGCCAAGAUUCUUUGGAUCUUCAUGAAGACAUCCUGUUUUGGCUUUAUGGAUUGGUUUUCAAGAAUUCUGAGGUUAGAUAAUGCAAAGGCUAUUACAGGCUUGAUGUCUUCAUGUGGUGGAAACGUUUCCUUUUUCCAGUUCUCUAUGUAUUUUUAAGAGUUGUGGUUCUUGAAGGCCAAUUGUCUUUCAUUGGAGAAAAUUGCAGGAAACCCUAUGAUAUACUUUAUGGAAAAGACACAGAAGAACAAGACAAGAAAUGCCAUUUGGUCCAAUGCAGAAGCAGUGAGGGGAGAAAGUCUUGUAGGUUUCAAAGAUGGGUGGAUAUUUAGAUCAUUUUCUGCACCAACCUCUCCCCUAACAAGCUCCUUUUAUUUUUCAACAAAAAUGUGUCAACUUCAAGCCUGUCACCAUUAUCAACAUUGCAGGUUUCAUAAUAUAGCAUCUUUUUCCCACCAGAAAAAGCAUUUUUGAGUAGGAAAUCUCUGUCUCUAAUGACUGAACCAUAGGACUCAGCAUCAAGGAUCUUGAAAGGAGAAGAUUUCUCGUAUUGCUUAGUACUGUACGUGUUUAUAUUGUACGUCUGUGAGGGAAUAUGAAGGGUGAAAGCGACAUGGGCUGUUUUGGUAUGCAAAUAAGAAAGAAGCACGUGGUGAAUGGACAUUGAAGAGAGAGGGAAGCUUGGCUUAAUAUAAAUAUAGAAAUACGAAGCAGUUAGUGGUUGUGAAGAUAGGAGGCAAGCGACCAAAUCUUUGAAGAAGUAAUAGUAAAGAGAAGGUAAAACAAAGAGAGAGACCGUUGUUAGAUACAGAAGUUGAUCAAACAUGGGAAGAUCUCCUGGCUCAGAUGAAGCUGGUCUGAAGAAAGGUCCAUGGUUGCCUGAAGAAGAUGAUAAACUCAUCAAAUAUAUUCACAAACAUGGCCACAGCAGCUGGAGUGCCCUUCCCAAGCUCGCUGGUCUUAACAGGUGUGGGAAGAGUUGCAGGCUACGAUGGACAAACUAUUUGAGACCGGACAUUAAGCGAGGAAAAUUCUCCCCGGAAGAAGAAGAGACCAUCCUGAACCUUCACGCGGUUCUUGGCAACAAGUGGUCAAUGAUUGCAAGCCAUUUACCUGGAAGAACAGACAAUGAGAUCAAGAAUUUCUGGAACACUCAUUUGAAGAAAAAGCUGAUCCAGAUGGGUUUUGACCCCAUGACCCAUCGGCCAAGAACUGAUGAUAUCUUCUCAAGCUUAUCUCAGCUCAUGUCUCUAUCUAACCUAAGAGGAGUUGCUGAUCUGCAGCACCAGGUUCCAAUUGAAGAACAAGCUUUACUGAAUCUCCAUGCUGAGAUGGCUAAGCUCCAGCUAUUCCAAUACCUUCUUCAACCUCCUCCUAUGAGUAGUACCAGUAUUAACCCUAAUGACUUGAGCAUUCUCAAUCUCCUCAUCAAAGAAAACUCUAAUACCAGUAAUCUCGACCUAGGUUUUCUCAGUUCUCAUCUUCAAGACUUCAACAACAACCUCCCAUCCCUCAAAGCUCUAGACGAUAAUCACUUCAGUCAAAAAAGUUCUCCAAUAUGGUUCAGUGAACCCCCGAGCUUAAACCAAACUAUGCUGCCUUUUCAUGAUCCUUGUGCUCAGAGUGUAGAUGGCUUCUGUGGCAACCAGGCCUCCUCAAGCCAGGACCAAGAAGUAGCAGUCACAGACGCUGUAGAAUGGCCUGAUCAACAACUAUUUGAUGACUCCAUGUUUCCAGACAUUCCUUAUCAAUCUUAAGUAAGGUAUGCAUGUAUAUGUUUCAAAGGAGCUCGUCAUUGGAUUUGUUUGGUACUGUUGUGCAUGUUGGUUCAGUAUCUCUACAUUUAAUUCAUAUAAUGUGUGAUCAUGUCUUAGAAUGUACAUGUUGUGUGUGUUCUUCGUAAGAACAUUCUAAUUUCUAUAUGUUUGAAUGUGUAUCCUUACCGUAGAGAAAGGCCAACGAACGAUUGUUCAGAUGAUUAUUUCUAAAUUUGUGUAGUAAAAAUGUUCUUUUUUUCAAUU